AACGCUUUCCUCCGCAGGGCGCCUACCUUGGACGCAGACAAAAGGAACAGAACAGCGAUAAGCCUCGGCUCAAACUUGACCUCUGCUGCUCCUCCGAGAGCAAAGAGGCUUACGCCAAUGGCGACGAGGGUGAACUGCAGCGCGUGGUUCGUAAACCCUUGGCACGCCAUAGCCUCCAGGCCUUCCCUUUCGAGGCCUCGUCUCCAAUUCCGCCACACCCUUUUCUCCUCUUCGUCUUCUGCUUCGUCGGCGACUCGUGGAGCCGUGUGCUGUACUGGGUCGAGCAACGGCGCUUCGGAGACCGACCCUUUUGUUCUGACGACGCCGCUUUACUACGUCAUUGCCCCUCCCCACAUGGGCAGCGCCUACACUACCAUUGCUGCUGAUGCUAUCGCUCGCUUUCAGAGGCUAUUGGGUAAAAAGGUUAUAUUUAUAACAGGCACUGAUGAACAUGGUAAAAAAGUUGACUAUUCAUGUAUAACAUUUUUUUUGUUCACCGAAUUGGAAGCCACACAGUAA